AUGCUGCUGUCUUGGGCUAUGCUCUUUGUGCAGGCUCAAGUGGCGACAGACUUACUGGUUGAUGAGUCGAAGUCCAAGACAUCUGAGACAUCCAACACAUCCGAGACCGAAGUGAGCUUCGCCGUUGCAGCGGAACGCAGGCUGGGUACUAAGGGUAAAGUCGUCGUCUCGGGGUUAUUCCUGCUGUUGAUGAUGACCACCUUGGUGUCCCAAUAUGCCGAAGCUGGUGCCCUCUUCUCCACGCUGACGGGCUGGCCGCAGCCCUGUGUUCGUGCACUACUUGCUUUGCUGUUGGCAAUCCUCACUUGGAAUAGUCCUACAACCCGCACAGCUGCAAUCAAUGGUUGUUUAACGUUGGGCUUCGUGGUUGCAAGCCUUGUGGUCUUUGGCACUGGCCUGCCGUUGGCUCAAUGGCAUCGCUUGGCACGAACUGACUGGCACAGCUGCGCCAGAUCUUUACCAAGCAUUUUGCAGCUCUUUGUCUACCUGGAAGUGACACCAAGCAUAGCUUCCAUACUGCAGCUGAAGCGCAGACGGAUCAAACGAGCGAUUUUCGUCGGCUCGGCUUUGCUGCUGCUUCUGGAAUCAACUUGGUCGGCCCUAGGCUUGGCGUUGGUCCCGUUUCAUGGUGGACUUCGAGAGGAUCCAGUGGCACUUCUUCUUGGACAGAAUGGCCCAGUUUCUUCCGCAGUACUUGCACUGGGUUGCUUUGCCGUCCUCACAACGAUCCUGGGAACCAAUUUGGCUUUGAGAUCUUUCUGUGGUGAUGCCAAGCCGCGCGCUGCCUUAGCAUCUUACAGCUUUUGUGUCUUGACACCUGCUCUUGCACCCAAGGGUGCGUUCUUUGCUGCGAUCGAUUUUGCAGGAGCCUAUCCUGUGACUUUGCUUUGGGGCUGCGCUUUGCCGCUGAUGGCACUUGCUCAGCAAAACAAAUCAAGGAGACAGCUCGUCCUUUUGCUGUCCUUGUUCUUCGUAUCCUUGGCCAUGGUCAUCAGCUUUGCCUUGCAAGAUCUUGGGCUCUUGUCCCGUGCUGCGCGGUGGGCCUGA